AUGGAAGAACAAGCUCAACGAUUAAUUGAUCAAACAACAGCAGCAUUUAAAUCUGGCAAAUUACAAUCAAAUCCGUUUAGUAAUAGUGGCCCAGGUGGUGCUUCAAAUCUCGCAAUGCAUGGCAAUCGUUCACUAAUUACUUCUCAAAUUCAGCCUCCUCGAAAUGGUAUGCCUAUGAUGGCUAUGCCACCAUGGUUUCAAUUACCGCUCGGUAUGAGAACGUUAGGACCACCACCCACAAUGCCAUUGCAAAUGCAGAUGAGGCCACCAAUGCCACCUGGUAUGACACUACCAUCAGGAAUUGUACCAGCACAAAUUCCUCUUCCUCCUCAACAGUUACAACAAACAACUUAA